AUGGCUUGCAGCGCACUUUACUGCAAAGACACAAGCGUUGUACUGUCCCAAAAGCCUCAAAACCCUGCCAACCCUACAUUUCUUAAGCCCGCCACCAACACUGAGUUCACAAAAUAUGCUUAUGAUACUGAAGACGCAACUGAAGCUGAAAUGGUCGCUGUCGAAUACAUCUGCUCCUAUAACCCCGACGUGAACGGCGAGUGGUGGCUAGUCAGCGAAGAGGGCAAGCCUGUUAUCAAGUUGACCACACACUAUGUUGACCACUUCGGUGGGGACUUGGAUAAAUCUCCAACCACCGAAACUUAUUCCUUUAUUCAAGAAUAUUUUCAGGCCAAACUUUCAAUUGUUCGUGCGGAUCUUCAACUUCAGGAAGAAGCCCAAAAGUGGUUAGACGGUGUCAAGGCUACUCAACGGACGCUUUCCAUGCCGUUGGGCGAACGCUCCUUGGAGGAGCGUUACGUUCGGUGUGGCUCGUCUCGAUGCCAGUCUCAACGGACUUGUAUUAAUACUGGAGGCACUCAAUGCUCAGUUUGUGCUCGUUUUGUCUGUUAUUACACAGUACUUCCGGAUGGCUGUUGGCACUAG